UCAGCGUUUUAAACAAAAACCUUACUGAAUAUAUAUAUAUGUAUAUAUAUAAAACCCUUCACACUCUGGAUUGUGUGUUUGUUGUGUGUGACUGUAUAUAUAUGUAUAUGUAUAUAUAUAUGGGCCACUGUGUUAAGACAUGAUGGACUUUUCUAUAGCGCUCAUUGCCCGGGGCUUUGUGAGUAAACCGGACGAUUUGCUUGGACUCCGUUGCGGUUUUCGUGUGCAUUUUCGACACAGAGAUCUGAAAGCAAUGUUCUGACCCCCUCUUCGCCUGCUGUUGAUGGGCGUGAAGGGCUGCACUGUCCUCUGGAGAGCGUCCCAACGCCCGGGCAAGGGAGGAAGAGAGCGAAAGUGUGGAUUAAACAGCGAGCAAAUGCGGGGCAUAGGGAAGAGCGAAGAGGAGCUGGUUCGAUUCCUGGUCCCUGGACAGGAAUAGUUCGGCGGAAUCCCGCGGCGGUGCCAGACUCAGAAGGGAUAAACCGAGGCGAGGGUCAGAGAAGGAACCGAACUCACCUCCUUCCUCCCACCAACCCACAUCAACGACCCUCCCUCCCUUUUUCUGGAUGUUAAAAAAAAAAGCAGCCGCGGUGAAGAAAGAAAUAAUCGCCUGAACUUUUCCUCUCCCGCUUCUCAAAACCAGAUGUUCCGGCGCCUCGAUUUGCGGGAGGGGGGGACCAGAGUGAACCGGGGACGGGGCUAGCGGAGGGCGGCAGCGCCCGCGGACCGAGUCGGAACUGCCCGCGUUUGAAUGGACCGCUGCUUUCUCUGAGCGGGGCGCCUGUUCAAGGGAAAGAGACACGAUGACCGCCGGUAGACGUUCUCUGAUGGCGCUCUUGCUCUGUCAGGUUUUAUUCGGAGGCUCGGCCGGACUCAUCCCCGAGGUGGGCCGCAAGAGAUUCGCCGAGCAGUACGCGAACUCGGCUCCCCCGCAGACUGAGGACCUGCUGCAGGAGUUCGAACUGCGGUUCCUCAACAUGUUCGGCCUCCGGCGCCGCCCUCACCCCGCCAGGAACGCAGUCAUCCCGCAGUACAUGGUGGAUCUGUACCGACUGCACUCGGGCGAGGAAAUCGAGCGGGGACAGGCAACUGACACCUGGGUGCUGUCCCAGUUCCCCGAGAGGUCGGCCAGUCACGCCAAUACCGUCAGGAGUUUCCACCAUGAAGAACUACUGGAGGAUUUGCCUGGAGCCAGGGGAGAGGUAGUCCGUCGUUUUUUCUUCAAUUUAAACUCUAUACCGAGGGAGGAGCUCAUCACCUCGGCAGAACUGAGGAUCUACCGCCAGCGGGAACAAGAAACCUGUGCAAACUCCAGCAGCGGUUACCAUCGCAUCAAUGUUUAUGAGAUUCUCAAAGCAACGGGGUCCUCGUCCAGCGAUCCCAUUACCCGGUUGCUGGACACAAAGGUGGUGCAUCACAAUGUGAGCAAAUGGGAGAGCUUUGAUGUCAGCCCUUCUGUUAUGAGAUGGACCGCACAGGGCCAGCCCAACCAUGGGUUUAUGGUGGAAGUCAUUCACUUGGACAAAGAGUGCAGACAUUCAAAGCGACAUGUCAGGAUCAGUCGGUCUUUGCAUCAAGAUGAAGAAAGCUGGCCUCAGAUGAGGCCUUUAUUGGUGACGUUUAGCCACAAUGGUAAAGGACACACUCUUGAGAAAAGAGUGAGGCGUCAGGUCAAACACAAGCCGAAGAAGAGGUCCAAGUCGAGCUGCAAGAGGCAUCCUUUAUACGUAGAUUUCAGUGACGUGGGGUGGAAUGACUGGAUAGUGGCACCUCCAGGAUAUCAUGCGUUUUACUGCCAAGGAGAGUGCCCUUUUCCACUAGCAGAUCACUUAAACUCAACAAACCAUGCCAUUGUGCAGACAUUGGUGAACUCAGUCAAUGCAAACAUUCCCAGGGCAUGCUGUGUCCCCACGGACCUCAGUCCCAUUUCAAUGCUUUAUCUUGAUGAGUACGACAAAGUUGUAUUAAAGAACUACCAAGAUAUGGUUGUGGAGGGUUGUGGAUGUCGUUAAAGCAGAAAAAGAAAUUUAUCACAAAAAACUUGACACUUUACUAUUUCCCAAUGAAGACACUAUUUAUAUAAAAAUUAACAAAAUAGAAACAUCUAUUUUGAAAAUAUAUUUAUGGUUACUUAAAAAGAAAUUGGGAAAAUAAAUAUUUUAAUCAGAGAAUUGUUCCUUUUAAAUGAUGUUUAAUUGUAUUUCAGAUGUACAUGUUUAUACGGGUUUAACCCCCAACACAUGAAGUAUAAUGGUCGAAUUCCUAUUUUGUAUUUAUUGCUAUUGUAACCACUUUUUAGAAAAUAGCUAAUUUGUAUUUAUAUGUAAUCAAAGAUAAAUAUAGGGUUUGUACAUAAAUCGCCAA